UAAUGAAAGAUAAAUCCACAGAUAAAGUGACUAUUUUUACAGCCUAAUAAAAUUAAUAGCACAAAUAAUGCUACAAUUUAGAAACAAGCACUAGUCUUAAGAUUUUAAGGAGUCUUUAAACAAGUACAUCUGUAGGAAAUGUUUGCUAAGAAAAUUUAUCAAAUUUAAAUAAGGCUAUUGAUAGAAAAGUAGUUGAAAUCUAUGUCAAAGAGAAAUAAAAUCAAGGAUUUCUUACAAGUUUUCUUUAAUUGAUGUAAAAGGUUUUAUAAAUUAGGUUUACUCGUUAAUAAAAUCCAGUUUAGAUGGAAUUUGAAUAACAUUAAAAUGAUUCGAGUGAGGAAUGGCAACCAGACGAUGACGAUAAUGAUGUAGAUGAGACUGAUUCUUUUUAAUAACAGUGA